AUGGGGGCACCACAGCAGUUCCCCAGCUGCCUCGUGGUUAGAAUGUGGCACAGUCUCCCGAGAGAACCCUGGCUACACUGCCUCGCCCUAGCCCAGGCUGUAACUGAGAGUGGGGGCCAAGUCUCAGGCGUCCUCACAGCCCCCACCAGGCUGUGCAGGUGGCAAGCCCUCUUUGACGGAGUUAAUUUAACUCUGCAUUUGUAUGAGUGGAUCAUUCAGGUUGCUGGAAACAGAGCCUUGAGUUUGGCAUCGGGGCUGGUGGCUCCCCUGUCAGCUCUAAGUUCAUCUGAAGUUGGCUUUCCAGACGUAGGCACCAUUCGGCCCAGCCCUUGCAGCUCUGCUAAGAGCAGCAGAACUCAGGCUAAUCAGGGAGACAACUUCCCAUCGAAGGAAGGUCUGGCCAAGUGGCCCUGA